AUGGCGACUGCCGCUGUUCCAGAGAAAGUCAGCGACGACUCCACCCAGUUUUCGCUGCCCCAAAAUGGCGUCGAGGGUCUAAAGGACAACUUCUUUAUCGCCAGCCUGGUGAAAGCCGUGACCGAGCACAACAAGGUUCGCCAGGGUAAAGAUGACCUCCUCUGUACCAGUUGUGAGGAAGGGAAGCCAGCCACGUCCAGGUGUUCGGAGUGUGCUGAGUUUCUGUGUGAGAGCUGUGAGUCGGCACAUCGUCUUGUAAGAGCUACUAGGGGUCACACGCUCAUAAUUUUUGAGGAACUAAAAACUGGAAAAUACGACAGCGUUUUCAGGGCUAGAAAAGCUCCACCGUGCUCGAAACAUCCAGAAGAAAUCCUAAAGCUCUAUUGCAGGACCUGUGAGACCCCAAUAUGCAACGCAUGUGGCUUGUUUGAACACAGGGACUCACAGCACGACCUCAAGCGCAUAGAAGAGGUGGCUACCGAAAAGAGAGAGACAUUUGUAGAUCUCACUCCACAAUGCCAGGCCCGAAUGCAGUUCUUUCGUCAGACGGAAGAAGUGCAGAAACGAUUGAAGAAACAACUUCAGCUGAACGCAGCAGAAGCUCGUCAAGAUAUCCAAGAAACAGCACAAAAACUGAUUGCGAUGGUAAAGGAAGAGAGCGAACGACUCAUGACUUGUGUUGAUACAGAGGAAACAACAAGGAAGAAACAGAUCGAUGCAGAGAUAGAGGGAGCACAGAUCAGUCUGGCGAGCGCCAAGAGCACGUGUGAGUUUGCAGAGACUCUAGCUCGGGAGGGAGGCGACUACGAAGUUCUGUCUUUUUCUCAAGAUAUGACCACGAGACUGAAUGAUUUAACUAAGCUACCUGCGGACACAGUGGACUUUGAACUGGCAAACAUCACUAUUGAUUACUCUGUCAUGGGGCACAAGUUGACCACAAACAGCCCCCAAACUGCACAAUACAGUUUGCCAAACGCGACCGAAAGGGAACUGUGUUCUCUGUUGAAGAGAGGGCGGCAAAGCGAAACCAGCUCAAGAACAAGACUUCCGCUGAGACCACCUGAUGACAGCGUGUCGGGAAAUAUGAGCACUAUGCAGCAUAGUGAGUAG